AAAUAAAUUGUAGCUGAUGUCUCUACUAGACGGAGUGGGACACGUGGGGUGGUGGGGGUUGAGCCCCUCACAGGACCUCACUACCUACUGUACCCACAACAAGGGUGCGGCACCCCUCCGGGUACUCUGUGUGGGUGCUAACGAUCUUAGGCAUGUCCUCGAGAUGAUGUGUAGUGGUAGAGAAGUGGAAGUGUUCAUGAUGGAAACUAACCUGGAACUCUACUGCAGACACCUCCUUCUCUUAUCUGUUCUUCUUCAGCGUUCUACAACUAUGGGUCUACAGGAGAAAACAGAGUUGUAUCUAGAUUUGUACGGCAACAGUUUGGUGAGAAAUGCCACUUCGAAGUUUGUCGAGAAUUCUGUAACUAGCUUCAUCAGGAUGGUGACAGACGAGGAUUACCUGAAAGAAGUUCUCCCAAUGUUGGACAUGUCACUUUUAAAGUUCAAAGAGCGAGACUUCAUGGAAGGAAUCUUCAAGUUUUGGGGCGCUACUGAUGCUCAGAGUAAAGCAGCUUUCCCUGUAGAUCAGUACUGGGACAAUAGAGUUAGAUCCUAUCUGGGGUCUAGAUACGAUGCAGGGAAGAAUAUAUUUGAUAUGGACUUUAGCAUGAAGCUAAAAGAGCGAGCUACCUUACUAGAUUCCAAAGAAUAUGCUACCUGGAGGAAAACAGGUGUUGGGUUUGAAGUGAGAGACGGAGUUUACGAUUCCCCAAACCGGACCCUCUGUUCCGGCAUUAUAAAAAUGAUCGGAGGAGCUAAACGAUUAGCUCGUGGUUACUGGGGUGAUAUUGUGUGCUCUCCUUAUCUCUCACACGGUAUAUUCAGCCCUCUCAAAUCCAUGUAUGAGGUACGGAACAGGAUUAAUGUAAGAACAUCCAGUGAAAUAGCCGAGCACAAUCUAAUGUGUCUCAUAUACCAAAUUAACACCGGUAAAAAGUACACCAAACCUCCAAAGCCAGAUAGAUUCUCUUUUGCUGGCAACACCAAAGAGGAAUCAGACAAAGCCACCCUUGAGGAGGUCACUGAAGAGGAGGAGAAUGAGGAGGAUCAAACUGUUGAAGUGGCAGAAAAGGUGGAGAAAUUGACCGUUGGGGGAAAUAGAAACAAAAAGUCAGCCUUAAUGGAGUUGGAUAAGCCAAAAUCAAGCAUAACUGUGAAGUUUCUACCCCUCGGUACUAUGGAACAGCUUUCAAAGAAGCAAAACUUGUUGAAAUCAUUUGAUUUGAUUUACCUUUCAACGUCUCAACUCAGUUAUUUCACACCUGAACUGACCGCAAUACUGAAGGACGAUUCAAACUUACUGAUAGAAAAUAUAAAGUAUAUACCUCCAUUGACGACGGCACAAGAAGGAGCGUUUUUGCCAAAAUUGAAGGAGAUGGCAACCGCAGCUAAAUGCGAACUUUUAGGAUCGAACGACGAUAAGAAUAAUAACUUUCAUUUGUCUUUUCAUCGCGUUGAUUAAACAACCUUAACAAUUUACAUUUAUUUAUAUAAUAUGAAAGUUCAGUUAUUUGUCAUUGUCUGGUUUGUUAUUAUAGGUUUCUAACACAUUG